AUGGCCGCCAUCGCUGCGCCGACUGAGAGCCCGGCGCCCAUGCUCACAGAGAAGCAGCUGGCUGCCCUCGUCAACAUUGAGGGGGAUGUGCAGCUCAAGGCGGCACAGCUCAGUAUGCUGUGUUGCGAGUACCGGACAAAUUUGACACGUGUUCUGCUUUGCUUCGAGCCUCUCAUGGCCCCGCUGCGAAGUAUAAUUUUUUCCGGUGUGCAGAAGCGGAAGUACAUUGAAACGCAGCUCAUCUGGCUGGAGCGCAUUAUUGUGCUCCAAGAGCGUCGUGGCGGUGCUCGCAAGCUUCCUCUGUCCGAGCUGCAGGCCGUCGAGAAGGACCUCAUGAUACCCGUGCAGAGGGCGAUGCAGGACAGUUAUCAGCAGCUGGACGUUGUAAACAAGGAGGAGCUUGCGGUGCUACGCAACUACGAGUGUCCACCGGACCAGGCCCUGGCGACGAUGGCGAUGGCGAUGCGGGUGCGCGGGGAGGAAGACACCCGGUGGUCCACGGUGCAAGUGGUUCUUAGCGACAGUUACUUUUUUACGUUUUUCAUCAGCCGUGCGCAGACGCUGCUGAAGCAGCCUCUCGCUGAAGAAAUACAGGAGGAGUUGGAGGUUUACUGCUCCUCGCCUGACCACGCCCCGGAGGCCCUUGCCCUCAUUUCCGUGCCACUGGCUGCCGUUGGGCAGUGGCUAUGGGCACUGCGGGACUACUACCGCGUGAAGAGGAUUGCCACGAUGCCCGACCCGCCCCUUUCUGUGGAGGAGAGGCGGCAGACGGUCACACGCCUGCGGUACGAGCUGCAGUCGAUCAAGGACAACAUGAGUUCCGCGGCGGAGGAGAUGCAGAAGCUGCAGGACCAGAUCAUUCGCAGAACGCUGGAGGUACGCAAUGAGUACGACGACACCAUGUGCCCGCUCCACGACUCCCUUGUAAAGAAGACGGAGGAGUUUAUUCAGACACUCGAGGGAAAGCAGCCGCCCGCCGAGGAGAAGGAGGUAGAAGCGCCACAGCAGGAAGAAACCGCGACUUCGGCGUAA